AUGUCGUGCCAGCUGGCUACCUAUCUCGAAUCAAACGCCCUCGGACUAGUACCCGGUGAACCCUCACCCAACUACUCCUGGGAUCAGAAAGAGCCGACCUAUGAGAACUUGCCAGAGUACAGGAGGAUGACAAAGGCAAGCCACACUGCAUCGCGCAGACUCGUGCGCAUCGUCGUACCACCCCCUUCGCGCAUGUCUUUUGCAUCGGAACAACUCUUUGCCUGA